AUGCACUUGAAACAAGAGUUUAGAAGUCUAGAGUUGAGGAAACAGGUGGCAUUUGUGGGUGCAGCAGGAUCACUCCUAUUUGCAUUACUACUCACUUAUGAGUUCAUAGAGUUGAUCACAAACAUAUUCUACUCUAUCGUUCUCACCAUCCUCAUUGUAUUCUGUGUUCAGAACAGAUAUAAUGCCAUCAAAUUAUUCCGCUUCCUCUAUCAACUGGAUGUGGCUCAAAUAGAUAUAUACACUCAAUGGAUCUACAACUAUAUCAAUGCCCUGGCUACUGGUACCACUCCACCUACACUACCACCACGCCCGUCCUCCGCCACACCUUCAACAUCCCCAACAAACAAUGAUGAUGUUGAUGUUGAUGUUGAUGAUAUCAACAAUACCAUAAACGAUCAACAUCAAACCAACUACGACCAAGAGUUACCAAUUGAUACCAAUGGAUUGAUAUUUGAUAAUCUAUCGGACCAGGAGACAAUCGAUAAACUGUACGAUCAGAUCAAAGAGUUGAACCUGACACAGUUCUCUGAGCGUGCCAACCGUGAUCGUGAGAGACUUGUCCUGCAUCAAAAGAUAAAGCUGUGCGCCCAGGCCAUCUCUGACUCACAGCAGGAGAGAGCAAAGUGGAAGCAACUGGCCGAGCAACACACUCUCAAGUACACAGAGCUCACAAGAGAGAGGGACCAACUGGUGACAUCAGAACAGCGACAUCUCUCCAAAAUUAACGAUUAUGAGCGCAAGGAGCGCUUCUGGAAUGACAGUGAGCGAGCUCUACUCAAGAGGAUAUCAGAGUUGAAGGAGUCAAACUCAUCGCUCAAGAAGGAGUCUGAGGACAAACAAAAGAAGAUAUCAAAGCUUGAGGACAAUGUGAACAAGGUGGAGCGAAAGAUAUCACACUCUCCAAGUGCAUCACCUAGGUCCUCAUCACCAGUUCCACAUACUCAUGGCGCCGUCCAGUCAUCAACCCUGCCAAUCCCAAUCAGUGGCAGCGUAUCGAGGAAGAACUCAUUCAUUGGUGCUGAAGAGGACCCUGCACAGUCAGACACAACCAAGUUCAAGAGUCUCUUCAAGAAGGUCAAGAACAAGUUGGAGUCCUCAAAGAUCAUCAACAAGGCACAGGAUCGUAUAAACAAACAUCUCCAUCCAGAGAACUAUCCAGUGGUGGUUCCAACUGUCAUGGGUGGCAGCAGUGGUAGCGGCAGUCCACCAUCAACAACAACAGCAGAGCCAACAACUAUCAGUGCGACACCAACAACAGUACAUCCCAUUCUAUUCGCUGACGAUAAAGAUAUAUUUGAUGAUGGUGCUGACACUCCCAAGAUUGUCGUGGAGCAACCUGAUAUCUUUACCUUUGAGGAUGGAGAUAAAGAGUCGACCAACCCGGAUACAUUGGACGAUCUUCUCAUACUUGGAACUACUACUACAUCAUCAUCAACGUCGUCAUCAUCGUCAUCAUUGUUUGGAUGUAUCAAGGAGCACUCAUCAAAGGAGUCAGAGAACAGAACCGGACUUAGACGUGCCAAGAAGAAGCCACCUACACCUGAUGCCAGCAUGAUGGAGGACACUUCAUUCGCAUGCUACCCAUUCAACAACUCUAGCGACAUGGCACUGUUUGGUGUGUUUGAUGGACAUGCUGGACGUGUGGCAGCAGAGUAUGCCAAGCAACAGUUCCCAAUAGAGGUGGCCAAGAUCAUCACCGAGCAACCAGGACUGUUAUCAUCAUGCGAUAUGUCUGAUAUGCUACUCCAAGCCUUUGCCAAUAUUGAUCACUUGAUGAAGACAUCAUCCGAUCAUCUCUAUGUUGGUUGUACAGCGACAAUAUCAUUCAUAUGGACCUCUGCCGGUGGAGAUAGGUAUCUACAGAUAGCCAAUGUUGGUGAUACUUCAGCAUACAUGUGUCGUAAUGGACAGUGUGUAGAGUUAACAUAUAGUCACAAAGCAAGCGACCCUUUGGAGAAGAAGAGAUUGAUAGAGUCUGGUAUAGAGGUGUCAAAGGAGCAGACAAGGAUCAAUGGACUGUCUGUGAGUCGAUCACUGGGCGAUCACUUCUUGAAGGAUCAGAACAUUGGCCUGAUUGGUGUGCCCUACCUAUCCAAACCAAUACUGCUCAAGGAUACUGAUAGUCUGCUUGUGAUGGCAUCGGAUGGUCUGUGGGAUGUAUGUAGCGGUCACGAAACAAUCGGUCUUGGCGAGCAAUAUAUUACAAGAGGUGCCAAUUCACUUUGUUCCAGUCUAUUGCAACGUGCCACUGACAAUCCAGAGUGCAAUGAUAAUGUAUCAAUCAUUGUAGUUAGGCUGUAA